AUGAUUACCAGGCAAACAACGAGAAGGGCUCUGCGGUCUCUUCCAGGGCUUUCCCGCGUGCGACUACAAAUCAUCACAGGUAUCCAAAGAGGUGAUGAAGUCAUUAAUAAAUCACACCAUACAAACGGGACAGCUACUCUGCAAGGAAGUCGUUGGUUUGCCAGCAGUGCGACACUUCGGAAGACUGCUGAGCUUCCCUUCAGUGAGCUUUCAGAAGAAGAGCAGCUUCUAGUCGGCUCAGAGCGCGAAGUUGAUAAGGUUGAUGUGUGCAUUGUUGGCGGUGGGCCCGCAGGACUCGCAACUGCAAUCAAACUCAAACAACUUGAUAACAAAGAUGGUAGCGGGGAGCUAAGGGUUGUUGUACUUGAUAAGGGCUCAGAGUGUGGAUCACAUAUAGUUUCUGGGGUAAUCUUAGAACCUCGAGCAUGGAGGGAACUUUUUCCCGACGAUUGUGACGAAGGUAUUCCAAUCCCAUCUGAGUUAGUAACCAAAGUCGAGCGCGAAGAGUUCCGUUUCUUGAUGGGUAACCUUGCUCUCCCAAUUCCUGAGCCGCCUGUGAUGGUGAACAAGGGAAACAACUACAUCGCCUCAUUAUCUCAAGUGACUAGAUGGCUAGCUGAAAAGGCAGAGGAGGUUGGCGUAGAGGUUUACCCCGGAAUUGCGGUUUCAGACGUUGUAUAUUCUUCCGAUGGCAGCUCUGUUGUUGGCGUCGCAACUAAGGACAUGGGGCUUUCGAAAUCGGGUAGGCCGAAGGGGAAUUUUGAAAGAGGAAUGGAAUUCCAUGCCAGACAAACUGUUUUUGCAGAGGGCUGCCAUGGAUCUCUUACGAAGCAAUUGGUGAAGAAGUUUGCUCUAAGAGAGAACAGGGAUAAUCAGACCUAUGGAUUGGGCAUAAAAGAAGUAUGGGAAGUGAUGCCUGAAAAAUUCAAUAAGGGAUUUGUUUCACAUACUAUGGGUUACCCACUAAGUAACGAUCUCUAUGGGGGCGGCUUCCAGUAUCACUUUGGCGAGGGACUUGUGACUGUUGGCCUGGUCGUAGGCUUAGACUACAAAAACCCUUGGGUUUCACCUUAUCAAGAGUUCCAGAGAAUGAAGCACCAUCCAUAUUAUGCCAAUGUUUUGGAGGGUGGUAAAUGCGUGGCAUAUGGCGCCCGUGCGUUAAAUGAGGGUGGUCUGCAGUCUGUUCCGAAACUACAUUUCCCAGGCGGUUGCCUCGUUGGUGCCACAGCAGGGUUCAUGAAUGUUCCAAAGAUUAAGGGUACGCAUACUGCAAUGAAGACAGGCAUGCUGGCUGCUGAGGAGAUAUUUAAAGCACUGGCACCUCUUCCUUCGUUAUCUGAAUUGGAGGAGAUGGAUGGCGCAUCGCUGGUAGAGACUCCGAUCAACUUGGAAUCAUAUGAAGCUGCUUUUAGAAAGUCGUGGGUAUAUGACGAACUGUGGCAGGUUCGCAACAUACGUCCUUCUUUUGGUUCCAAACUUGGUGGUUAUGGCGGAAUGGCUUACUCUGCUGUGGACUCUUACAUCCUCAAAGGGCGGGGACCUUGGACUUUUCAUCACCAUAAAUCCGAUGCAGCUGUUACAGGACCAGCAUCUGAGUACCGCAAGAUUGAAUAUCCAAGCCCAGAUGGCAAAAUAUCGUUUGACAUUUUAACCUCAGUAUCAAGAACAGGGACAUACCACGAUGAGGAUGAGUUAUGUCACUUGAGGGUUCCUGACCAGGAUCCUAAACUACAUACAGCCAAAGCUUACCCAAAAUGGAAGGGGAUUGAAUCAAGAUUUUGCCCCGCUGGCGUAUAUGAAUACGUGGAAGAUUCUUCCAGUCCGGAGGGCGUCAAAUUUCAGAUCAACUCGCAAAACUGCAUACAUUGCAAGACAUGCGAUAUUAAGGUUCCGACGCAAGAUAUCGAUUGGGUGGUGCCAGAAGGUAGCGACGGUCCCAAAUACACAUUGACAUAG